UUCUUCUCUCUCUCUCUCUCUCUACGGAAAACACCCCCUUCCCCUUUUCUCUCCUCCGAGCUCCCUCCGACUCCCUCCCCGAUCCGAAACCCUAACCCUAGCUUACAAAACCUUUGCCUUUCGAACGAUCGAGGCUAUAAAGGCCCGCCUCUUUCUCCUUCUCUGCGACGCCGUAUUCCUGAUUCCAAGGAGGAGGAGAAGAGAAGCGAAGCCAAGCGGAGAAGUCGGCCAUGGCGAGGAAGUCCAGCAGCAGCUGCGCCAUCUGCGAGAAUUCCAACCUCGCCUCCAUCUGUGUUGCCUGCGUCAAUUACAGGUUAAGUGAUUACUACAAUUCGUUGAAAUCGUUGAGGAGCACCAGGGAUUCUCUUUAUUUGAGAUUGGAUGAAAAGCUGGUGGAAAAGAGGAAAGCAGAUGAUCAAUUUAAUUGGAGAUUAAGCCAAAAUGAGAAACUCAAGAAGUUGAGGGAGCGACUAAAUCACCUGAAGAAACAACUCUCACAAGAGAAGGCUAAGGUUGAGGAACAAUCAAAUGAUCUAAACUUAAGAUAUGGGUUGUUAGAUUCAGCUUUUGCAAUGUUACAAAAGAACCAUGUGGAGUUGUUGGAGAAGUUCUACACCAAUCUCAUCUACACCCAGAAUUUGGGCCAUAUGGCUAUCACCUCUGAACGUCUUCACAAACAGUCAAUAGUUAUAAAGCAGAUAUGCAAACUGUUCCCAGUGCGUCGAUUGAUUUCCCAGGUCAAUCUAGAUGGUGAAAGAAAGGAUGGGUCCAGUGGUCCAUAUGAUCAAAUAUGCAAUGCACGCUUACCUAGAGGACUUGAUCCGCAUUCCGUUUCAUCUGAAGAGCUUGCAGCCUCUCUGGGGUACAUGGUCCAACUUUUAAAUCUUGUUGUCCCAAACUUGGCUGCUCCAGCCCUUCAUAAUUGUGGUUUUGCGGGAUCUUGUUCACGCAUAUGGCAGAGAGAUUCAUAUUGGGAUGCACGUCCGUCUUCACAAAGCAAGGAGUAUCCACUUUUUAUUCCAAGACAGAACUUCUGCUCCUCUGGUGAUGAAAAUUCAUGGUCUGACAGAAGCUCCAGCAAUUUUGGUGUUGCUUCCGUGGAGUCAGAAGGGAGGCCUUACUUAGAUACUUAUAGAAGUAGCAGCUUUAAUUAUUCUUCUGCUUCUCCACAUUCUGUCGAAACUCACAAGGACCUGCAGAAAGGCAUAUCGCUACUCAAAAAAAGUGUGGCAUGCAUUACAGCUUAUUGCUACAAUUCCUUAUGCUUGGAUGUACCUUCUGAAACUUCCACUUUUGAAGCAUUUGCAAAAUUGUUAGCCACUUUAUCUUCUUCAAAGGAACUUCGAUCCUUUUUCUCGUUGAAGAUGGCAUGCUCAAGAUCUGAUAAGCAAGCUCAGCAGCUGAACAGAUCAGUAUGGAAUGUAAAUGCAGGGGUUUCAUCAAGUAGUUUAGUGGAGAGUACACACACAGCAAUAAUGCCAAAUGCUCGUGAUAACCACCUAUCAAACUCUGCUGCUAGUUUUCUUUACUCGGCUGAGAUGACUGAGUUAGGAAGGUCUGAAAGCCUUGUGGAAGGUUGGGAUAUAGUGGAGCACCCUCCCCUUCCGCCUCCACCAUCACAGGUUGAAGAUAUUGAACACUGGACGCGGGCCAUGUUCAUAGAUGCUAAAAAGAAAUAGCAAGGCACCAGCUGCUCUUUCACAAUACCACUGCUGCUAUGUAACUUUGAUGUCCAUAACUGAUCUCUAUCCAGUUUUUCUGGCUCCAGAAGACUUUCCCUUGGUGGUUUUAUAGCACAGAAUGUAUAGCUCCUGAUUUUAUCCAACAAAUUAUUUUUUAGCUGGGAAGAGGGCUCAUUUCUUGUUGUUCAGUGAUUAGGGUAAUGGCAAUUAACUUCCAUUAUGCUAACUGGGCCAUGUAAACACAAAGUCUUAAGAUGAUGUGGAUAAUUGCUCUGUAGGACAAUUCCUUGGUACAUCUACCAUUUUUUGCAUUCAGUGCUCCACCGGCACAUUGAUAAAAUA